UUCAGUUGGAAGGAGACAGUACACAAACAUUGACUGACUUCUAAACUACACUGGACUUUCUGGAGACCUGGUUUACGUCUCCACGCGGAAUGGAGGGCAGCAUUAGACCGCUCGGCUUGGCCGGGCAUAGCUCCUCUCCUCUCUCGGUCGGGGGCUUACAUGUGCCCGCUUCCCUUCUGCGCCCUCCACCUCUCUUUCUCCGAGCUGCUGCCUGUAAACCGUCGAUGGAGAGGGGCUACCCCCGAACCCCGAAGUGCGCACGGUGCAGGAACCACGGCGUGGUGUCCGCACUGAAAGGCCACAAGCGCUUCUGCCGUUGGAGAGACUGCGUGUGCGCAAAGUGCACCCUGAUAGCGGAGAGGCAGCGGGUGAUGGCUGCACAGGUGGCACUCAGGAGACAACAGGCGCAGGAGGAGAGCGAGGUCCGGGAGCUCCAGUUCAUGUACACCGGCUCCGGGGCGGGGGAGACCGGACUGACCAUGGCAUCUGGGGUACAACGAUCUGCAAACACUGUGCCAAGAAUAUCGAGUUUUGAUGUUUUUGGAACUGAGGACCAAAAAGACGGUGAGUUAGUCCAUCGUUACCUGUUGGUAUUUUAAAUUUGGUUCAUUUGGUUAAUAUGGCCGUUCGAUGCUUAAAUUGACUUAGCCUAAAUUAAGAUAGGCCUUUUACAAUGGAAAAGUCCCACCUGCAAUUAUUGUUCAAACUGUGAAAAAUAUGCUUGAAUUUAUAGCCUUAAACAGGUUACUGCAUACGUGCAAAUCGACUUAGAUUAACAAAUUAUUCGCGGAAUGAUAUCUGACCAAGGAGGCGUUUUACGCAGCGUUUAAAUCAGAAACCUAUAGAAAAUGUAUACAGUUUGGAAAAUUAGACAUAAUGUCCUAUCACAUAUAUCUAAUCUAAUUCCGUUAUUAUUUAUAUUUUCAGAUGACAAACUGACCAAGUACAACCUAAACAACGGAUUCAUGGGCCAACCUCUCUAUGCGCCUCACCCCGCACCACUGUCCUCUCCAUUGGGAAAGAACGAUACCUCUCCUGGUCAAGAGAAAAACCGGGCGGUCUUCGACAAGGAGAGUGGCAGUCAGUCGGCUACUUUUGACCAGCUGUCAGACCACACAGAGAGCCCAAGGUCGCUGUCAUCCUCGGACCUCGAGUCGGGCAGCGAGUCCGAGCGGCCCAAGGACUACCCUUCGCUGGAGAUUACCGCGCCUGGUUGCGCGUCAAAGGACCGGGACCCCACCGAGGUCAUGACCAAGAUAUUCCCCCAUCACAAGCGGAGCACUUUGGAAUCAGUGGUGAAAACUUGCAAAGGGGACAUCGUGAAGGCUAUUGAACUAGUUCUUAGCUCCAAAGAGAAUAAAUGCAACUCGGAUAGCGUCGGUCUAUCUCAGUCUGUUCACUCAAAUGAACCAAGGCCUAAUUUUGGACUUCCAGGGGUAGCAUUGGGGGCUCUGGGUACCAAGUCUGCUUUCUCCCCAUUGCAAACCACGCCAACAUCUGCCUGCGAAAGCAUGUACGGGCUGAAUCCUCGCUUUGGUAUUAAUCCUUUGCGUCUGGCCUACUCAACCGCAGGUGGUGGCAUACCUAAUUUCAUGUCACCGUAUGUGACGUCCGGACUGAUGCCAGUUUUCCCAUUUCGCCCGCCGUUGGACUAUUCUUUCCCGGGCAUGAUGCGAGACCUCUCCUAUCUCCAGAGCAAAGACUCCCUAUGUAACGCUGGCAUAUACUCUCGUUUAAAUCAUGAGAAAUAAUUUAGGUUCAACCAACAAAACGUCCAUAGAUAAAAUGCAAAAAAAAAAAAAAAC